UCGUCAGCACUGUCGGGUCAUCUAUUGCACUAGCAUUUGGGGGGGUUUUUUGUUUUUCUUUCUUUUUCUUUCUGGGAGGUGGGCAUUGUUUUGUUAUAUCUUGGACGGCCCGGUCCAUCUCACGCCCCAUGCACUGUGGGAACAAGAAGCAUCUCCCAUUGACGGCGAGCUGCCUUCCGUUUUAGCAUUCAGGUACCCCGCCGGCAGCCACCAAGACGCCCGUGCGUAGCCCGGCCAAAGCGCUGCUGCCGCCGCUGCUGCCAUUGACAGCCAAACCAUCAGUCACAUCAAUCAAUUUCCGUCCUUGAUCGAAAAGUCCCUGGUUGAAUUAGACGCAGGCUGCCUGCUUCCACUCUGUCUCACCCCCUUUCCCUCUUUUCCCCCCGUGCUUCUUUGGCUUCCAUCCCCCUAGCACAUGCAUUCCUUAUUUCCGCCCAGAUACCCACUACAGCUCAGCUUCCCACACCUGCCCGUCGGUGGACGUGCAAUUGAUUGACACCAGCCUCGGCCCAUUUUUAUUUUCACCCCCAUCAAGCUCCAGCGUUUCUGCAGCUGCCACGUUCCGCCCCCUGCAUAUCGUGCGCAGCCUUGGAAUGCGACGUCUUUAGGGGAGACCAGGCUGGAGUUGAAGCAAGGGAGAGAUGUUGGCUGCCAUCUAGAGCAUUGCCGAACGAAACCGUGGGGGAAAAAAAGGGGGAGAGAAGAACCAGCGUGUGUUGCGCUAUUUGAUUGCCCUUCUUGGGCGGCUUCCUCCGCUCUUCUCAUCGCUACCAACAUUCCUCAGCCCUCUACCCUCCCAGGCGGCGCAUCCGCCAGCCGUCCAAAAGAGACCCAGGAAGGAACACAGAACAAAGCAUCAGGGGAUGCCGGCCUACCUGUGCCAUGGGUUCCGGUGGCACUGGCAGUCGAUCCGGGUCUUUGUGGUGGUGCAGGACCUCGACGACGCCGCCCCCGAGUGGAUCAUCGGCCGCCGGUCCGCCACCGCCCUGCUGAACUCCUUUUACAACAUAUUCGACUUCCUACCCCGGAUCGACCCCGGCAACAGGCCGUUGAUGGCCGGGCAGCCCCACCGACGGUCAUCCUCGCUGUCGACGGCCUUCACCGCGGCCGGCGGCGGCGGCAGCACAACCACCGUCACGACGGCGGCGCCCACCACCGCCACCGACGACGUCAUGGGCCAGGACGCCUGGUCCGCCGUGCGCCUGCUGGAGGAGUAUGACCCGGCCCGCCUGGACGAGGUGUCGCGCCCCUACGCCUACGUGGCCGACUACGUCGUGCGCAUCGACCUGUCCGUCUCCAUCGUGGACGAGAUGACGCGGUACGAGGAGCGGCUGCGCGCCAGCAGCAAAGGCGGCGCGGCGGUAAAAACAGCAACAGCAACAGCAGCAGCAUCAGCAUCAGCAUCAGUAGAGCCGCCGCCGCUGCUGCUGCUGCUGCCGCCGGCGAUGGCGGGGCCGCACUCGGACGAGACGGGCCGGAAGCGCUCCGCCAAGGAGCAGCGCAAGGCUGGCUGGCUCGAGAAGCUACGCGACCAGCUGCAGCGCGGCGAGGACAUCAGGUGGUACGUCGUCGCCAACGGUGACGAGGAGCGCCCCUGGGAGUAUGGCGGGAACGGCCGAGGGCGCGGCAGGGGUGAGAGCGUUGGUGGAUUUGUUGAUGGGGAUGAGGAGGAGGAGGAGGAGGAGGAGGAGGAGGAAGAGGGCGGGCUGGAGGCGGAAUACAACCGAGCCCUAGAAGCCAGGAGGCGGGAACAGGAGCAGCAGCAGCAGCAACAGCAGCCCUAUCCAUCGCAGACCGACACAACACCACGCCAGCGCCCGCAGCCGCGGUUCAACGGCGCCGGCGCCGGCCGCAGCGUCGACGAGCACCACCGCGAGCGCGAGAGGCAGAGGCUGCGGCAGCAGUUUGGCGGCCUCGACAUCGACUCGGACGGCGAGGACCGAUCGCCGGCGCGGUCCUCCAGCAACAAGGGGCUGCCACCGCCGCCGCCCCUGGAGCCGCUGCCCCCGGAGCAGCAGCAACAGCAGCAGCACGGCGCCUCGGCGCCCAAGAUGUCGAUGGACGGGUACCCGAGGCCGCCCAAGACGCCCAAGUCUGGCGGGCUCAGGAGGCUAUUUGGCAGGGGCCACGGCCACAAGGGCAGCACGGCCGAGACUCCCUGA